UAAAGCAAAGUGAUCCAUUGAACAAGAGCUGUUGCCCUCUCUUAAUUACACCAAGUCCUGUAACUUUUAUCUUUCUCUCUUUUUUCUUCACUGCUCUUUGAGACCAUGGGGAAGUGGUAAUUAGCUAGAAGAGAAUAAAACCAGCUGAUCGGGAGAGGGGUGGUGCAUUGUGGAGCGAGAUGGCUAACAGAAACAUUCUCUUGCUCUGUGGACUCUUCCUUUUAGCACUGAGUCAACCCUCUCUUCAAGGAGGUGUGUAUGUACCACCUGGUGCUGGAUUUGGGGCUGGAGCUGGAACUGGAUUCUUUCCAGGGUCUGCUGGAGGAGGUCCUGCAGGCUAUAAACCAGCUAAACCUGCAGUAGGUGGUUAUGGACCUGGAGGACAAGGUGUGGGCCCAGGUGGUUUUGUUCCAGGAGGUGUUGGACCUGGUGGCCUUGGCGUUGGAGGCCUGCCAGCAGGGCAAGGUGGAAAGGCCCCUAAACCAGGUUAUGGAAACCUAGGAGCUGGAGGCCUUGGAGGAGGUGGAUAUGGGGGAUAUGGUGGAGGCACUGGGGGCUUUUUCCCAGGAGCUGGACAGAAAGCAGCCAAAAGAGGAGGAGGACCUGGUGGGGGUGGAACUGGACCUGUAGUGCCUGGUGGAGCACCUGUUAUUCCUCAGACAGGCCUUCCAGGAGGGGGUGUUGGUGGUGCAGGAAAGAAAGCUGCCAAAGUGCCAGGUGUGGGUGUCCCUGGACUUUACCAAGGUGGAAUAGUGCCAGGAAAAGGGUUUGGUGGCCGUGGCGUCCUGCCUGGGGUGCCCACUGGAACUAAUCUAAAUCCCAAAUCAAUUGGAAGAGGUCAAGACCAAGGCCGUGGGAUUAAUGGACAGAUCCAGACAGGAGUUUUCCAUGGGUACCCCCUCAAAUCACCUAAAGCGCAAGGUGGGUAUGGAGCAAAACCCGGAGGUGGGAAACUUCCCUUUGGUUAUGGGGGCUUUGGCAGUUUAGGAGCUGGCCUUCCAGGAGGAAAAGGUGGCCCUGGGUUAAAUCCUGGAUAUCCCAUUGGAACUGGUGUGGGCCCUGGUGGUAUCUCACCUGCACAGUCUAAAGCUGCCAAAUAUGGUUUAGGUGGAGGUGUUGGUGGUGUGGGUGGUGUUGGUGGUGUUGGUGGCGUUGGUGGUGUCAGUGGUGUUGGAGGCACUGGUGGAGUGUAUCCAGGACAGGUUCCAGGAGCAGGAUAUGGAGCUGGGUCAAAGGCUGCUAAAUAUGGAGUUCCAGGAGGUGUUCCAGGAGGUGUUCCAGGAGGUGUUCCAGGAGGUGCACCAAUUGGAGUUCCCAGAGGAGGUCCACAAUUACCAAUGGAUGGGGUUUACUCCCCAGCUGGAAAAGCUGCUAAAUAUGGAGUAGGAGGAACAGGAGGGCAAGGAGGAGUGGGAGGACUUGGAGGGCUAGGAGGAGGUGGUGGAUAUUUUCCUGCUGCCAAAUAUGGAGUUGGAGGACCUGGAGCCACAGGAGGAGGACUUGUAGUACCAGGAGGAGUGGGAGGUGCCUCCAAAGCUGCGAAGUAUGGGGUUGGGGGACUGGGAGGAGCAGCAGGCCUUGGAGGAACUGGAGGACUUGGAGGAACUGGAGGACUUGGAGGAUACUCUGCUGCUGCUGCUGCUGCUGCUGCUGCUGCUGCUGCUUCUAAAGCUGCAAAAUAUGGUCAAGGUGGUGCAGGGGGAAUCCCAACAGGUGGUGGAGGAAUUCCUGGAACACAAUACAUACCAGGAUAUGGAUCUUUGGUUCAAGGCAAACCUCCUAAAUAUGGAGUCCCACAAACAGGUCUGGGAGGAGGAUCCGUCCCAAGUGUACCAGGCCAGAUACCUGGUGGUGGCUAUGGUAGUUAUGGAACUGGUGCUGGAAUCAAACCCCUCAAAUAUGGGGUUCCUGGAGGAGCUGGAGCAGGUUUAGGAUUUGGAGGACAGGGAGGAACAGGAGGAACAGGAGGAGGAGUGCCUUUUGUUCCAGGAGCUGGACAAUAUUCUGCAAAAGCUGCUAAAUAUGGAGUUGCAGGAGGUGCUGGAGCAGGAAUAGGAACAGGAGGAGCAGGAGGACUACCCAUUGGUGGACAAUAUUUUGCUACUGCAAAAGCUGCUAAAUACGGUCUUCCAGUGCCAGGAGUGGAAACUGGAGGAGUUCCUGGAUAUCCAGGUGGUGUAAAACCACCAAAACAUGGCGUCACUGGAGGGGGACUCCUCGUUCCAGGAGCGACUCCUGCUGCCAGUGGUGUUCCAAACGGUUCUGUCAUACCUGGUAGCAUCCCUGAAAAACCGGAAAAGGAUACAGGUCUUGCUGGAACUCCUGCACCAGAAGAUGCUACUGGAAUUAUACAGCCUAGUGCUGGCACGGGUGUUGAUGGCACGACAGGUCGAGUUCAACCUGGUGCCGGUGUCAAAGCACCUAAACCAUUCGUUCCAGGUGCCGGUGGAUAUCCCUAUGGAUAUGGAGUACCUUAUGGUGCAGGUACUGGCACUGUACCUGGACAAGGAGCUGCAACACUGCCUGGAACAAAGCCUUUGAAACCUCCAGCACGAGGUGGUGUAGGAAUCCCACUGGCAGCAGGAGGUUAUCAAGGGGGAUACAAUCCAUAUCAACAAGGUUAUGGACAGGGUUAUGGCAGUCUUGGAAGUGGUAGUGUAUAUCAUCCAGGUGUGGUUCCUGGCUAUAGUGGCUACCCCCAACAGUUCUACCCAGCUGGAUAUGGACCAGCCCCACUGACUCCUCAACAAGCCAAAGCAGCAAAGUAUGGUCCACUGCAGGGCUUCCUUGGUGGUGCAGGAGGAGGAGGAGGAGGAGGAGGAGGAGGAGGAGGGGUCUACAGAGGUGGCGUUGCAGGAUGCCAGGGCAAAUACUGUGGGAGGAGGAAGUAGAGGAUCUCUUGAGAUCCAGUGACCUCAAGAAACCAUGGUGCUACUGCAUGAUCUAGAAUGUACAUUUUAUAUGCAAACAUGCCCCAUUAGACAACCUGUAAAGAUGUUUGUUUCUACUUACGUGACCUCAGUGUCUGUUUUUAUACAAACCCACCGACCCAGAAUUUUGUACACGUUCUGAUGUGACAUAUGCUAUUGACAGUGCCUUUAACCAUUAAUGUGUUCAAUUUAAUUAGCUUUAACUCUGUACUGCACCUGCCUAGUCAUGAUGUACUAUGUCUUUGUGUCACUUUGAGUUGCAUCAUGUUUGUAUUGUUUAGGCACAUGGUUGUAUUGCUGUGCUUUAGAUUGUAUGAACCCUCAGCUGCCAUCAAGAGCUAUGAAUAAUUUCUUUUUUGGUCAUAAUCCCUAAAACUCUGGGAUCUGUCUUACCUGGCUGCCAGAGCUCAUCACCUCUGACAUGUCUCAGGGAGGGAGGGUUGGUCAACACUAGUCUAAAAUCUGAUUAAAUCUGGUCAAUCUGUGCUGCCUCUGGCUCCCCGUUUUCUCUGCUGCUAUUUUUAGGCCUGCUGGGUAUAAAGCAGCAGGAGCUGGGGCUCUGGCCAACCCAUCUGCUCUCUGCAACUUUGCUGAUUCUAGUUGCCGUGCAGAUCAGUUUUCUCAGCAUUUUUAAUUCUGCUCUUUGUGCAAGAGCUUGCUGACAAAGAAACAAAAAUAUUUUACUUCUUUUUCAGGAAUAGAAAAGCUACUUGCAAAUAAAUUAAAAUAUAAUUCUGUUGCAACUCUGGCAUGUACAUUAUGCACGGUUGAAUGUCACUGUCUUGGGAUAGACGAGGUGCUUUAGUCUGCUUACAGUGUUUAGUCUCAUUAACAUUGAUGUAACUUGUCAUUACAUGAGUACUCAACAUUUUUGCAACGUGCGUUGACUCAUAGCUUUAUUGUUAUCAAAAAGUUGUGAACAUAAAACUUAAACAGCCCUUUGCUUUUGCAUUUAUUUACUGUUAUUAACUGUAGUACAGAUUAAUGCUUUCUUUAAUGGGAGACCCUGUUUGUGUGAGGCAUAAAAUCCUCUUGUUUAUUUACUUGAGCUGCUUUUAUAAAGGCUUUACUGACCAAAGGUUCCUGAGCGCUGUUGGCAAGUGACCCCAUCUCUUUGUAACUGUGUACUGUAUUUUGUACUAAUUUUAUCUUAGCUGGCUUUAGUUUCUUCACUCGGUGCUGUGUAAGAACUGUCUUUGAGCCUCACUGGGUCAGACCUUGUCUUAUGUGGUGUGGGAUAAUUUUCAUCUUUAUUUAAAACUGUUUUUAGAAGGAGGAACAGUGUGGUUUUGCACUUUUUAUAUCUCCACGACACACGUGUGACUUGUUCCCAGAUACCCUAGCUUUUUAUUUGCUUCAACAAAUAAAAUAAAAUGUGUUAAAAGAA